CUUUCCCUGCAGAGGACCAAUGUUGCUUUGUUGAUGUGGGACUAAAGAGAGGAUUUUAUGACCAUGGAGCUAUAUGCAGUUCUCCUCUCUGCUGUUUUGGCUGGAGUUUUAGGCAAAAGCUCAGAGACUUCUGGAGAAGGAGAGUCCUGUGUGGAGUGCCCAGAUAACGUACAGACGACUUUCCGAAAGGGACAGAGAUACAGUUAUAGCUACUCUACUGUCACCAGCACUUUUUUACAAGGGGGGUCUUCUGAAAGGAGCCAGGUUGUGCUGGAUUGUACUGUACACAUAGACGCUCUAGAGAAAUGUCACAUGAUAUUAAAGCUACAAGAUGUACACAUGAGAGCAAAUGUGACAUCGAAACAAGGCUCAGAGACAGAGUUUGAGAGUUUAAGUGACGUCCUUAAAAGAUACCCUCUUCAGUUUUCCUAUCAUGACGGCAAAAUUCAAAAGAUUUGUCCAACAAGACUGGAGCCAACCUGGGCUCUUAACCUGAAGCGAGGGAUUCUUAGUGUGCUCCAGGUCACCCGGAAGACGUCAUAUGGAACUGGAACCGUUGAAGAGGUGGAUAUUGCUGGGAAGUGUCCUACCACCUAUGAAUAUAAAGGAGCGUCUGUGUGGAAGAGAAAAAUCUUAAACAAAUGCUCCCACAGAGUCUCGAGUUUUACAAACCUGCGAUCAGUUGCUCUUCCAGAUAAAACACAAAUCCUAGAUUCCCAUCUGGAGUGCAGGCAGAACUUCAAGGACAACAUCCUCACUGGGGCGUCGUGUGAUGAGUCGCACCUUGUCACUCUCUUCUCUAGGGACGGGAAUGGUGCCAAGACGCAAACGCAAACUGCCCUAAAACUGCUUAAAACAGAAGGGAAUGCGUCAAGCAAUAAAGCAGAAAUCAUGAAGGAUAUUUAUGUGACAAAUCUACUUUAUGAAAAGGAAAUUCAUUUAGCAAUGUUAAAAGGAGAGGAUGUGGCUACAACUGUGAGGAAUCUUUGUCUGGCUCCAAAUAUGAAUUUUGAGACUGCAGACCUGUUCAUGACUCUUGUGUUUGAACUUCGCCAGCUUUCUGCUGAAGCGCUGUCCGAUCUUUGGUUAAGAUCCUCUUUUAAAUGCCGUGACAACUGGCAACCGCUGUUGGAUGCCCUGCCAUCUUGUGGGACUGAAGCCUGUGUAGGGCUCAUGAAAGAUAUUCUGAUUUCUAAGGAAUUGGAUGAGGAUAAAGUAGACGCAUUCCUCUGGUCACUGGCAUUUAUUCCGGCGCCAACAACUGGCAUGAUCGCCUCCCUUACUACCUUGCUGCAAGAGCCCACUGUCAGUCAGAGUGCCUACCUGUCAACCACAGCCCUGAUUCACCACUUCUGUCUGGGCGUCACAAACUGUCAUGAAAUACCUGAGGUUCAGGCUGUAAUGAGGAUUUUGCAAGAGCAACUAGGAGACAACUGUACUGCUCCGGAACCAGAAGACGUGCACAAGGUGCUGAUUCUUCUGAAAGCCAUUGGGAAUGCAGGACUGGCCGCUUCGCCAUUAAUUCAAACGCUGACUUCUUGUGCUUUCCAUAAAAGUAAUCCAGCUGCAAUUCGAAUCGCCACAGUGGAAGCCUUCAGGCGAAUUCCCUGUUCAGCUAAUCGAAACGCAUUGGUGCAACUAUAUCAAGCGGCAGACGAAAGCGAAGAAAUAAGAAUCGCUUCGUACUACACAGCGAUGAAAUGUCCCAGCCGCGAGCUCUUUCAUAUUGUGCGACACACUUUGAGACACGAGAGAUCAACACAAGUGGGAUCUUUUGUGUGGAAUCACCUGUCCCAGUUACUGGAAUCUGACGACCCACUAAAAAGAGAUAUCGGAGACUUUCUUCCUGAGGACAUAUUGAGCAAGGAGUUUGAGGGAGAAUCCUGGAAAUAUUCAACAUACUCAGAUGCAACAGUUCACUCAGAAUCUACAGGAGCCAAUGUGGAGGCUUCGCUGGUGUUCACACCUUUGUCCUUCAUUCCUCGGUCAGCGAUGGCCAAUCUUACAAUACACAUAAUGGGACGAGCAGUGAAUGUGCUAGAGACCAGCAUACGUUUAGAAAAUGCUGAGGACAUUCUGAAGAAAAUGUUGGGUCAUCACUCUUCUACAUUAAGUGAAUUCUUUGGUUUGAAAGACGUGGAAGACAAACACGCUGGUGCUGAGAGUCCUAUGGAGACAGUUUCAAAAGUCAAUGAGAGGAAACAAACAUCUAAGAGGUUUACCCAUGGAGAGCAUACGGAGACAAAAUCUGCUCAGCAGAAGACAAAGAAAUCCAAUCACAGCUGCCCUAGUGGAAAGUAUACCAAACUGGAUGAAUUACAGCACAAGUUUACAAAAGGAAUGGAAAACAGAAAGGAAAUGAAAUGUGGAAUAAGUGUGAAGAUAUUUGGCAAUGAGCUCAGCUUCUUAGACUGUGAUGGCAUAAAAAAUACAAUGAAACAGUUUUCUCUGAGUAUGGCAGAGCUGGCUGUGAAACUUCUUAAGGGCCAGGAGGUUCAGUACAGUAAGAGGUUUAGCUUGGCCACAGAAGAAGGAACCUUCCCAGUUAUCUCUGGAAUUCCUGUCCAGCUCUCUCUCAAUGCUACAGCAUCAACAAACAUCAAAAUCAGAGGGAACAUGGAUUUCAAGCAGCAAUCUCAUUUUUUCAUUAAUGGAUAUAUAAAACCAAGUGCUUUAAUCCAGCUCUCAGCUCAAAUGGGGACCGUGGGGACCCUGGGGAAAAUUGGCCUGAGAUGGGAAACUGGAAUAAGAGCGAUGAACAGUUUGGAUGGAGGAAUCCAAGUAAAAAGAGGACAAGAGUUAAAAGUUUUCCUGAAUACCCCAGAGGAGCAUAUGGAAAUUCUUAAUUUUAGUUCCAAACUGUAUCUUGUAACCUUAGACGGGCUGAAGAAAAUGAAUAAUCCCAGAAAUCAAAUGGAAAGAAGAUCGUGUUUAAACGAGGAAGUGUCUAAACUGCUGGGCUGGCAGCCAUGCGUGGAUCUGUCCUAUCCUGACACUCCCAGUCUGUUACCGCUACCGUUGUCCGGCCCAGCAAAAGCAUCAAUUACCCUAAGGAAACAGGACAAGGGUCUGCGCCAGUAUCUCCUAGAGGCUUCAUACAACCAUGUUUCUCAGAAGGAUGGUUGGUUUCCAAAUGAAGCAAGUUGCCACUUUUUUAUGGGAACCCCAAAAUCUGAGUUUAAGAGGGACGUUGGAAUCGAUUUGCACUUCAAUAUCUUACAAAGGAAAUUUAAGAUGAAGAUUGUACAUCCGAAGAAAAAGAUUCAGUUGGAUGGAAAACUUGAAUCUUCUAGACAUUCAAAAAGUGGAUACUUGGAACUAAUCUUAGAUGAUAAGGAGGCGUAUUAUAUAAAGGGGAUGACGGAGUUGCAGACAGUGAGUGGAGAACAGAGGUACACAGCUCAGGCAGAGAUAAAACCCACCAGGUUUGGCAGCCCUAUUAUACUCUCUGGGAAUAUCACCAAGCAGCUUGGCAAGAAAAUAACAUUUGCAAUAGCCCUGAACAAUUUAUUAAAGGAAACAGCUUUUCUUUCAGCACACAUUGACAAAAAAGCUGAUGAUAAAUUGACUCAGUACUCAGUGGAUGGGGAAGUUUUCCUUCCGGGUUUAUUGGGCGCAUACGCCAUUGGACUUCUCCAGCAGCGCGGAAAUUUAUGGUCGAAUGCUGUAAGAAUUAAAUAUGGACUUUUAGCUGACGCAAAACAUCUUCGCCACGAAUGUGACACGGCUCAAAAAAUAAAAAUGGAGACUAAUUCUGAUGAAGACUACAGUGUGGAUAUAGAGCAUGAGUUCCACUGUACCCAGGUUCAGUCAGUUAAUCACAAGGUGCACUUACACCACGAGGAAGACUCUCCCCACAUACACUCACUUUUGGAAGUCAGCUAUGGAAAACACUGGGACGAAAUCAACAAUAAGAAAAAACUUUUCAUCAGCCAGACUUUAAAAAAUAACUCAAAUCCAUUGAAAUCCAGCUAUUUUAUGGAGUUUGCGAUGCAAGUUGCAGAGAAGCAGGUGAAUUAUCGGACACAACUUUUACACACAUAUUCUGCUCUGGAAAGUAACACUAACUUCAAGGUACAGUACAAUGACCGAGUACCGUUUGUAGCUGGAUUGCAAUGGAAAGAUGCCUCUAAAAAUGGACUGCGAAAAUGGGAAGGGGCGUUCACUACAGAUACCCCGUGGCUCUAUCUCUACUCUGGUCUCAAACUCAACCAGCUGAAACAUAAUUCCUACCAGACGACACUGGAUCUGACCACUGGGAAAGCUCUGACCAUCAAGAACCUAUUGUUGGACGCAUUCUACAAAGAUAACGGAAGUGAGAAAGAGGGGCGAAUUCACAUACACACACCUACGGUUACAUACCUGAGAGUAUCCACUGUACAUGUCGUGGGCAUUAGCACUUUCAGAAGCUACAGUGAAAUGGUCUCACUGUGGACUCAUCUGUUUAAGAAUGAAAUUCAUCUGGAGAAUAAUGAAAAAGCAAAGUCAUUUUGCUUUAAGAUCAAGUGUGCAAGACGCGAGUUUAAUUUAACAGCUGAUUACAGAUGUAUGGAAUCGCCUCUGAAAUCCAAUUUCUCAGUGAAGACUGUAUGGGCUGAUCAGAAGGGACCUCCACUAGUCUUACAGCUGGACGGGCACAUAGAAGAACUAAAGAAGGAAAAAAUGUUAUAUCAGAAACAAGGGCUAAUUCAUUUCAGGCAUCCUUUUAAGCUGCCGGUCCCGCAAAAUAUUCUUAUCCAGGAGACAUUUACGGUCGAUAAGACAAAGAGGAAUUACAUCCUAGAGACCAGAUUGCGGCUGGACAGGACAGAUGAAUGUGUCCAGACUCUAGUUUUUGGAUACCAGACUGACAAUCCCUAUGUCUGCGCCAGUUUAUUACAUCCCUACAAGAUGCACAUUAUCCCCAACAACAUUGAAGUUUGUGCUCAAACAAAAAGACAAGUAACUGGGAAACAGGAAGUUGAGGCUUCUAUCAAAGUUAACAAAAAAGAUGUGUUUGGUCUCACAGGCAAAUUGCAGACUAAAUCCAGUAAAAAAGAGUUAUGGCAUAUUUUACGAAUGGAUAUGACUCAUUCUUUCCAGGUAAGGUUCCCGCGUGUCCUGGUAUUUGAUGGAGAAGUUUUCUCAAGGCAGAGCAAGCAUGACGACUUCGAUCAUGGCGCAAACGGGAGAAUCGUUAUUAACAAAAAUGAUAUGCUGCAGUUACUUUUCCGAAUAAAUGGAUCCCUGAAUCAUGUAGGGUUUUAUUCGCAAUUAACGCAUCCGUAUCAGCUGAAAAUUCCUCAAGACCUUCAGGUGCAUGCUUCAGCCAAACAAUAUGGCGCUAAGAAUGUAAAUGGAACAUUGUCGCUUCACAGCAAUGGGAAAGAUUUGGUCUUGGUUGAAAUUGAUUUGAGUAAUGACAAGAAGAAGAACGUUGGGAUGAUUGGACUUAGUGCAUCAUUGCAUCAAGUGGUUCUGUCAGAGCCAGAGUUUGCACGCUUAAGGAUAAUUGGAAAAGCUUUGCCUUCCAGAUUAUCCCUGUUUUCUGAAAUGAAGAUAAAUGAAAAAUCUUUAAAGAUUGAUCUACUGGGCUCAAAAGAGCAGAAAGUUGGUUUUGUGUUGUCCUUUACUGGAAAUGUUCAACACAACAUUGACGAUUUGACCGUUAUACCUAAUCAGUUGUCGGUGGAUGGAGCUUUGAAACAAAAGAAAAAUCUUAAUGAGGGUUACAUUUUCUUUGUAAAGAACCAGGAAAUGUACCAAAUUCAUCUGAGGAACAGGAAUGUGCUCGGGAACAACAGCCUGCACAAUAUUAGUUUGACUCUAGCGCAGAACGGAAGCCGCGCGUUUCCCACUGAAACCAAACUCAGGGCUCACGUACAGGUGGAGGAAUCACACAGCAGCGGGGAGGUUUGCAUACAGGUGGAUGAUAAAUUGCUGUGUAUGGAUCUUUUAAAUGCUGGCGACUUAGAGCAUCGCGGUAUCAGAGGAAGACUGACACACAAUAUUGUCUCCUUGCGGAAUGCAGGAAUUCCUGUAGAAAGCGCUGUUGAAGUGACACUCAACAACAAAAGCAUCAACCGUACGUGUAUUUUAUCACUGGACACUGGGAACAGCAGGAUUGAUAUUUCUGUCGGGCUAGAGAGAUCCUCGACACAGUCACAGUUAAUGACAAGUUUAAGACAUAAUGUAUCUGAUCUAAAAUAUCACGGACUACCAUAUAAUAUAGAUGGAAUUUGCUACUACCAGAGUUCCAGCAAGAGGUUUGCAACAGGAGUGACUGUUUAUGUGGAGAAUGAACAAAUUAAGGCUGAAAUCAACAAGAGAACAAUUGGAAGCUCCUCGGAUAUUAUUCUUCAUCUGCACAAUGACCUCAGCUCUAUCAAUAACAUUGUACCAUCCAGUAUAAAGGUCAUUUGCAAUGGAGAAGUUAAUUCUAACAUAUUUUACAGUCACUGCCAUGGAGAAAUUGCAAGAACCACAUUGGAGGUUUCAGUUCCUGUGAAGUCUUCAUUUAAUGGAUCUCUUCUGACUAAUGGAGAUAAAACCAACGUGUUUGGGCUUGUGACUUCGGGUGAUACCUUUGCUCGGAUAAACAUUAAUGCAGAGACUGGUUUACAGAAUAGCAUUGAAAUUGGCUUCAGACACUCAUUGCCGCAGCUUUAUUCACUGGGGGUCGCUAAAGACAACAAGAUAAAGUUCUCAGCGACCAUACAGGGUAGAAAUACUGCUCAGUUGGAUGUGGCGAUUGGGAAAUGUAUCCUUAAAGCAAAUGGUGCCACAAAGGUGGAGAACAAUGGAACCUCCGCAUCCUUCAAUUGGACAACGUCAGUCAUUAACUCAUGUAGCACCCUAGAGAAUCUAAAUAUUCCUAAGAGCCUGGUUAUGAAUGGAUCUGUACUGGGAAAUCCUUGCAACUUUGGACUUUCUUUAAGAUUAGAACAUGACGGCAAAGAUGCCAAACUGCAUCUUGUAACAUCUUGUGAACCCUUCUCCUUGCUGGGGUCACUGAACCACUCUAUACAGCAUCUUUCCAAGCUCGGGCUACCAUCUGCAAACCUGAUUGUGCUCUCUGCAGCAGCAGCGCCCUCCGCAGGUGUAACAAUGUCUGUGCAAUCUGGGCAGUGCCGAAUCCUGGCAAAGGCAGAGAGCAACUCCAACAACAUAACCAAGUGGAUGUUACUCACUGAAACCGAUUGUAAGCUGCUAAAGGAUCUCAAUAUUCCAGCUCAAUCUGCAGUUAAUGGCUCUCUUGUGAUUAAUGGCUGUAAAUCUGAAUUUCUUUGUAUGGUCAUGUCCAACGGCAACGCGUCCGAACUUCAAAUAAGAACAGAGUGCAAUCCGAAGGCACAAGUGGAAGUAGUAUUUAGGCACAAUUUGUUUCUACUUCAGGAAGUAAAUGAGGAGAGUCGGUUGUUGGUCAGAGUUGGAAAACAAUCGAACUAUGACUUUGACAUUUUGUUAAACUCAGGAAAUUGUACAUUCGAAGGGAAAGGCGAGAUUUAUACUGAGAACAAAUUACAGUGGAAGAUGCUCCUGGAAAAUAAAUGCAAAUCGGUGCAGGAUCUUGGGGCUCCACGUAAAAUCAACGGCUCUGGUCAUAUCGCUAUCAACAAGAAGACAAACUUGGACUCUCAGAUGUUAAUUAUGGUUGAUGAACGUGCAGUGCAGGGAUCACUGAGUCUGAAAGCUGCAGAGAAGAAGCAGCAGCUGGGGGGUAUCCUCAUGCAUAAUAUCCGGCCUGCGGUGGCCUUUGGGAUCCCAGAAAAGACAGCAGUGGACAUUACAACAGAAAGAGACAGUGAACUUUAUAAACGCUCCGUUCAGCUCAGUUUGGAUAAUAAAAAGAUUGCUGAAGAAAUGAGCUUUAUUCAGAAGAUUGAUCACAUUUCAAUAAAUUACAAAAUAAACCACAACCUCGACACUCUAAAGAAGUUGCUUUCUGAAGACACUAUGGAAUUAAAGGCUUUUGUAGAUCUGAAAGAAACACGAAAUGUGAGUGUAGUAGCCUGGUAUGGGCCACACCUGGUGAAUGCCUCAUUACAACUGAAGAUUAAUGAUACUGAAACCAACGUGACCGGCCUGUUACACCACAACUGGCCCAAGCUCCGUAACAGUGGGAUUCCCGUUUCCACACAGGCUUCUCUGAAUAUUCAAAGAACUGAUGUAAAACACGAGAUCUCUAUACAGAUGUCAGCAGAGCAGAUGUUCAUUGGUGGAACGGCCGCUUCUCUCUGCACAGCAAAGGAGUGUAGGAUUCUCUUCCAAAGCAGUCACAAUAGUGAAGCUUUUAUCAGAUCCGGAUACCCGAAAAUAAGCAGCUUGGCAGGAAGACUGCGCAGAGAAGGGGAUACAUCAAGUGCUGCUUUUGAUAUGGAGCUGGAUAAGAAACAGUUCAGUGCAGACGUGAACAUCUCAGCGCAACAAGUUGGCCGUUUUGAAAUUGUUGCUGGGAUAAAACACCAUGUUCCUGUUCUCCGGAGUCUGGGAAUUCCCAGUACCACUCAGAUGCUGAUGCAAGUCGCGCUAACCAAAGCAGACGUCGCUGGGAUUCUGAAGCUGAGCUCAGACCAGAUGAGAAAACUUUUUAUUUCUGUAAAUGCAAGAAGUGGACAGCAGAGCGAUGAACUGAAAAUAAACGCACUGCACAACAUCUCGGUUCUCCAACUCUAUAUCCCAACGUCAUGCGCCCUGGUCACACAAGUAAGUUACUCAGCUAAUGAAGCUGGAGGAAAUGUUUCCCUUGUACUGGAUGAGAGAGAGAUUUAUGUAUCUGCAAAGUUUAACAAUACCGGAGCCAGUUACUUGAAGACUCUGCAGCUAAGGCACUCUAUACAACAGUUAAAAAACCUCCCGGCACAGAUUGUGAUAAAGACAGUUUAUGAAAAAAUCAACAAGACGCGCAGACUGAAUCAUAUAACAUUGUGGGGAAGAAAAGAAUUAACACUGGUUGGAUCCUACACAGGGCAGUUCCCCAAAUUAUCUGGUAGUCAUGAAAUUAGUGGUGAAUUUUCUCAGUCAUUGAACCUCCCGAUUCUUCCUAACGCCAAAGUCAGAGUAAACACAGAGCACUCCGCGCAUACCCAUCAGGACCUCAUUGUCCUGGGCUGGGAUGGUAAAGAGCAGGUUGGAAUCUCUUCAUCAUUGAGGAUCAGGAAGGAACGACUAGACUUCCGAGCAAGUUUGACUCACCCAUUUAAGUUUAUGCUAAAGCAAAUGGAAAUCAGUUCUUUAACCGAGAGCAAAGGGAGCAGAUACAGCCAGCAGACACAAAUUGCAUGGAAUAAAGGACAACCUGUCACUUUCAGAAUCAUCUUGGAGGACAAAUUAACUAACAUCUCUAAAGUUUGCAAUGCCUGUGUGACAGUAUUGCCAGGUCAGGUCCAGCAACUUUUGGGCAUAGGAAACCUUCAAGCGUGUGGAUUUAUGGAAAGGGCAUUAAACACAUUUCAUGAAAGCGUAGCCAUAAGAUGGGAUGACAAACAAAUCAGACAAAGCCUGAUGUACGAGACAAGUCGUGCACCACAUCCUGAUAGCCUCCAGAUUAAUGCCAUGUUUGAAAAUGUCUUCUAUGCGGUCUGUAACAAGCAGCAGAUCACAACUAAAAUACACACAAAUUUCAUGGACAUGUUGGACCAUAGUCUGGAACUGGACUUCUGCAAUCUUCCACAUCCUUUUGUACUAACUGGCAAACAUCAACUUAAUGCAGAGCAACUUCUGAAAUCUGAGACCCGUUUUAUCUUCUCGCCAAAUUCAAGCGAUGACACAUUGUUUUUAUUGGCCUUGCAUGACUAUGGAACAGCUCACUCACAUAAUUAUUCAUUCAACUUUAAAAUGAAAGCAUCUGAGGAUGUUCAGAUUGGAGUCCUUGGAAGAUAUUUGGCUUCUCCUGACGACCAUCAUUUACUGCUCGAAGGGAGGUUGGAUGAGAAUGAAAAAUGGGUUCUAGAUGCUUCCAAGGGAGAGAAAUGUUUAGAGAUGAACGUUGCACAUAAACUUCAGGGAGAUAUUGGGGUGCAGGGAGUAGUGCUGAGCGCAUGUGUGGACCCCAAACAUCUGAUUGCAUUGAACUCUUAUCUGAAUGUCAAUGGAACAAAACAUGAGCAACUGGGGCAGUUACUGCUCUCAGCCGCUGACCAGAGUCUGAGUCUUUCCUACCAAGGCUGCGGCGAUACGAUAGCCAGAGCAGAGACCUUCAUUAGCAACCUUGGAUCUCACCUGAAAAUGCAACUUACAGAGAUGAAAAACAAAAUAGAAAAAUAUGUUAAAGGAGUUCAGCAAAGAGUGCAGCAAUAUGACUUCCUGUAUGACGGAGUGGCUUUGCCGUACAGAAUCUUGCAGGAUGUAGCUGGGCUUUUGCAACUCGGUCUGAAGGAGGUGAACCAGCUUUGGAAGGAGAGUAGCCUGAGACACAUUCUCCGACAUGACCUGCCUAUGUACUUUGAAAUAAUAAAUAAUCUAGUCCAACAGAUGCAAGUGGAAUUGCAAAAACCGCUGGCCACGCUAAAGGAAGCUUAUUAUGACGCAACACUAAAACCACUGGAUAACGUUUGGCAAGAAAAGACUGAAAACUUCCUAAAAAAAGUCCAUGGGCUCCUCCCCAGUAUAGUCAAGGAUGAGUGGUUAAUGGAACCAGUGAGACGAUUGCUAGAUGCAGUAAAGGCUGGUGUGGAUGUGGGAUCCAAUCAGCUUUUGAAAUGGACAGAGGCCAAACUUGCCAGAGCUGUUGGCAAAAUUCGCAAACCUCUGACAAACUUGUUCAGCUCUUCCAGCAACUGCUCAGUGACCUUGAUCCUUCCAGUAGAGUAUCACCCCAUAGACCUAACAAACAUCACACAUUACGUUAUCGAAGAGAAACUGAUGAAGCCCCUGAAGGAAAUGUAUAGUGUGAACCCUAUGGCUGAGUUCUACAGGUUUAAACGGAAACUCAUGGAAAGUCCUUUUGAGUACCAUGCACUGUUGAUUGGCCAUAAACAUGUUUUGACUUUUGAUGGACAUAUGGUUGACUUGAAUUCAAAAUGCAGUCUGUUGUUGGCUAAAGACUUUUCAAAUGACACAUUUACUGUGAUACUGAAUCAGGGAACCAGUGAACAGAGAUCUCUUCAUGUUGAAAUGAAUAAGGUUGCGCUUGACAUAUAUCCUGGGAUGAAGAUAGAAGAGAACUGCCAGAAUGUUGACCUUCCUUUAUCUAAAAAUGGUAUUACAAUAAAAAAAGAUGCCAAUAAAAUUGAAGUGUCCAAUCAAGUAGGAGUCUCAGUGCAAUGUGACAUUCACCAUGACGUGUGUAGUGUGACACUGCAAGGCUGGCAUCAUGGAGUCUCGGCUGGUCUGUUUGGCACCAAUGACAAUGAAGCACAGAAUGAUUUUCUGCUACCGGAUCACUCUCACACAAACAGCUCACAGGAUUUCUUGCUCAGGUGGCAGGUUGACAGCCAGUGUAACCCUGCAAGGAAGAAGCCAAAGGCUUGUCCCACUGCACAUCACCACAAGCUAUGUAAAGCCUUGUUCCAGGGAGCCCGCUCCGUACUCAGAAACUGCUUUAAAGUGAUUUCUCCAACACCGUUCUACAGCUUGUGUGUAGAUGAUAUAUGCGAGUCAAAUGAUAUAAAGCCCAUCUGUAAUCUGGCAGCGGCCUAUGUCCAUCUGUGCAACAGAAACUUUGUUCCAAUUGAAAUCCCUUCCCAUUGUGGGUGAAAAUGUGUAUUAGUCAUGCUGACACUAGAAUGUAGCAACACCGAGUGUAUUUCUGAUCAUAUAACAUUCUGUGUUUGCAAAAGCCAACAUGAGAUCUUGGAUUACCAGACUCUGCAAUGUAAAACAAUGCAGCAAAGUAAAGAAAAAAGGACUUACUUGUGCCCUAGCAAAUUGUUAUUGUUAGUAAAUCAUCUUUAAAUUAAACAGACCAUCAGUUGCUCAGCAUUUAAUGUAUAUACGUGAGGUAGAUUAUCACACAAAUCUUCCAUGUAAGAUAUUCAGAAAUCUAAUUGCUGCUAACCAACUACAUACAGAGUAACUGAAAUGUGACAAUGUGCUGUAUAAUGUCCCAUUUACUGUAGUGGAGAUACUUGGAUAUAUAAAUAUUAAAGUAUUUUUCAAUAUUAACAA